AUGAUAGAUAUCCUCUAUCUGCCUGCCCUCACCUUAACAACGAGAUCCAAGUUUGACUCGAACAUAUAUCCCGUUCAUUGUUGGUGUAUGACGAUUCCACAGACUUUGAUGGCCAUGCUGACAGAGCCAUUCAUUCAACUUAUAUAUGGAUAC